AUGUCAUCUGCACACGAUGUCGCUAAUGCUAUACCUUCAAGUUUCGAUAUGGCUGGUUUAAGCAAUGCAUUCAGCAAUCCACAACAAGCUUUUCGUAUGUUAGACAAAAACAAUGAUGGUCGUGUAACAAAAGAAGAUUUACAAAUGUUAUUAGAACAAUUUGGUAUUAAUGGUAUGGCAGCUAAGAUUUUAUCGAAAUAUAUAUUCAAACAAUUAGAUGCGAAUGGUAACGGUACAAUUGAACCAAGUGAUCUUACAAAUGCUAAUGGUAUUCUUUCAAGUCUCAUGAAAAUGAAACAAAGUGGCGGAGGAUAUUAA